UGUCUGAGUCGCAGCACGGCGGUGGAGAUCGUGAACAGCAGUAAAGUCCUGCAGGAGGAGACCCAGGAUGCUGCUGGAUGGAAAACUACUGUCGAAGUCUCCAGAGGAACAGGAGCUGCGGUCGACUCUGAACAGCCUCAGCACCGAGCUCCACAAACUGGACGACAUCCACUGGAUCUGUCCCUUAAUGCAGUGCUCCGAGGAGGACUCUGUGAGGGGCAGCAGUAAGAGCAGCAGCAUGAAGCUGAAGAUCAUUCCCAAAGUGAAGAAGGACAGAGAGAAGCUCCACAAGCAGAAGUCCAACAGCUCCCUCUCAGGAAAUUGGGAAAUCAAAGGUGGGGCAGUUGAAGCUGACUCCUCGGGCAACUGAAGUCCUUCAAGAGGUGCUUAACACGUGACACCCAGGGGUGAGGAGCACCCUCCUGUCCUCCUGUCCUCUUACUGUGAUACCCAGUGGCCUGACAGAGGUGCGAGGAAGGAAAGGAAAACCAUCUUCCCAACUUUUAACGCUUCUUCCUCCCUGAUUCUGUCUCCUCCACUCUGCAGGGAGGAGUUCUGUUUCCUCUCUAUCUUAUUUGUUUGCGAGUUCGAAGGGAACCUGGAUUUGCGUCGCAUCGCUCCACCAAUCAGCGGUCAGCUUUUGGUUUUGUUAGGAAGUCACGUGAGCAGCAGGAAAUCAAACUAAGGACGAGGGGAGGCGUGCAAUGAAAGCGAUUCAAGAUUCUCGCAUAUACGUUGUUUUUUUGUUGACAAAGAAUUGUGUUUACGUGGUGCUCUCCUCGCAUGUCGAGUGCAGCCAUAUUGUUUUAUUUCUAUCAGUUGUUACAAUCUUCUAAUUCCUUUUCCUCUAACUUUUAAUUGUUUUCUUUCUGAACAUAUGAACAGCGUUUGAUUCUUUAAUCUCGAGACUUUCGAAGAGUAUUUAUUUCUUGUUGCUACUGCCAUGAGAACUCAAAACGGCAACAGACUGAACAAACAUCUCAACCUUAUCGUCUACUGAACUGGGGAAUAUCUUAAAUGUUGCAAAAAAAUGUACUGAGGAAUGUACUUGUGUGGACUUGUAUUAACCUGUGAAUAUUGUUUCACAAACUGCUGUUGUGGUUCUAAAGUGGUUCUUAAUAGGCUGUCGUCUGACUUGUGUGACCUGGGGCUUAUUUUAAUACGAGUCAUUUCAUCUGGAAAUCAGCCUUAUGAAUCUAUUAUUAUCAAAGUUACUCAUGUGGGUGUCGAAACGUUGGUUUUUAAAGAACAUUUUCCAGCCCAGUACCAGGUGUUUACAGAAGGAGGAAGCAUCAAGGACUCAGUAUAAUACUCCUACUUUGCCAUACUCCUGAUUGUAUAUGUAACAAAAAAGUACUUGAUUUUGCCUCGUCUGUGGUUAAAAGCUAUUAUUAAUAUAUUAUCUAUUUUUUUGUAUAUCUUAUUUUCAAAAUGGAACAAUUUGUGACGCUCUCGUGGCUUUGCUGCUUCCCCCUUUUGACAAACUCCUUGUGCAUAUAAUCAAAAACAAUUACUGCUGUUGUGUCCCUGCAUGAAUACUUAGCCGUCCUUCGCCUCACAGUGUUGGUCUGAAGUUGCCUCAAAUAGUGACUUUAAUAUUUGUUUUGCCAGCAGCGUGAAUAUUUAUUUUGACGCACCACAUGAAAUGGGUUUUACUGCAAGAUAACAUUUCUUCAGAGGGAAAAACAAACCUAAUUCCCUGCCAAUACUUUACUGUAACCACCAUCAAGAGUGUAUUGAUUCACACUCACGUGGUUUUUUAAGCAGGAUAUAGCAAAUAAGAUGUCAUAUAUAUCAAUAACAUAGUAUGGUCUUGGUUUCAUUAGCCGCUGUUCCUUCCCAGGUUUUACAGGAGGAAUGGUCAGACAUUUUAGGAUUGUUUUCAUUAUUUGCUGUCUUAACAGAAGAUACCUCUCUGUGCUCUCAGUAAAGACAACCCAGACAUGCGUACCUUAGCUUAGCCUAGCUUAGCUUAGUGUAGUUUAGCUUAUUGUAGCUUACCUUAACUUAGCUUAGCCUAGCUUAGCUUAGUGUUCCUUAGCAGAACUAUUGGAAACAAUUCUACAAUACACCUUCCAGUAAAUCCCAAAAUGUUUAAUGUACCUUAUUAACUACCAAAUAACUGCUGUUAGAAAAAUGUGUGUAUUAACAAACCUUUAAGAAGCUAGCAUAUUUAAAAUGAGCAGCAAGAGUCAAAUAUGUUAGCCAGUUGCUUAUUCAACAGUUGUUUUAUUUUACUAUGAAUGUAAAUACACACAUAAAGUAGACUAUAGACAAGUGUGUAAUUUUUAACUAUUUGCAUUAUCGUUGAUAGCAUCAGGCUAGCUGUUUCCAGAGUUGACUAAUAAGCUAAAUGCUACAUGGAAGGCGCUAAAUGCUACAUGGAAGGAGCUCCAUACUGAUUGGACAGAGAAUAAUUUUGAAUCAUUCUUUUAUUUAAUACAGCAAAAAUGUAAAUUACCUAAAAUGUAUUAAAAACAAGGCUGUAAACUGGUGAAGGAUUAUUUUCCCAUUCACAGAAAGGGUUAGUGCUUGAUUUCUCAGUUAUUUACAUGUUUUUUAAUCAAACUAACCCAUGCUAACUCUUGAGUAGGGUUACUGUGAGGCGUUGUAGAUAUGCAGCUCUGGUAGGACUGUGCUCCAUAGUGUGCCGGCUUUACGCUCUACACCUUAGAGGCUUUAGUGGUGUUGUGCCAAGUUUGUACCGAGUUCAGUGGGUUAUGAGACAUAAGGUGUGUGUGAGAGUGCGAACGUUGUUGUAUGUCGUACAUUUCAAAGUUUACUGUAUCUUGCCUUGCACUUUACGAAGAAGCAAACUUAAUGGGGAAAAAAUACAUUAGUGUGUGUGUUUAAGAUUUUUUGAGUGUUUACAAGUGUUUUUUUUAAAUUGAUUUCAUGAGAAAAUCUUUAAUUUAUGAUAAAUGUAUACGGACAAAAGUGUGUUGAUACAAUGUAAUAUAUCUAACCAAACGUAAAAAGAAUGAUAAAUAUAUAGUGGUUGUAAAAUGACUCCCACAGCAGCUUGAAUCUCCCAAUGUUAUUACAUGUGUCAUUCCAAUGCCAUUGAAAUGUCUUUCCAAUGUCACACCAAUUGGUAUUGAAAUAGAAUUGUAAAAAUGUCACCAAUAUUAAGGUUAUUUUAACUUCAAGCCAAAGUUUUUUGAAUUAUCCUGUGAAGUUACAGACUAUUAAUGAAUUGUUUACACAAAAAGUAAUGUCAUACUCAGCUUUGAGUUGUUUAGCCAACAUUUGGGUAAACUUUUUGUGUAUAAUUUUCAAAUUGUAGGAAGUCUAACUUAUGCUUUCAUGAGCAUUUUUCGUGCUGAAAACGAAGUGCGUCCACUUCUGGGAACACAUACUUGUGUUAACCAUUUUUGGGAUAAAAUAAUGUGUUGCCUACGUUUCAUGGUCUUUUAACCAAGGAUUUCAUAGUUUUUCUUUUAAAAGCAUCAUUGUUUUUAAUUAUUGUUCAUUUUUUUCAUACAGCAAAAUGUCAUUUUUGAUUGAAACUCUUCCAGGGAGUUAAACAGCUGAAAAACUGAAAGAAAGAAAAACACAGAUUGCAAACACGUCACCAUGUCUGUGCAACAGUAUUCCAUAUAGACGACAUUUGUGAACGCACCCCUGAUCUGAACAGCCUAAAUAUUGAUCUAUUGAGACUGUGCGCAACGCUGGACUAGAUGUUGCACGAACCUUGUACGUUGCGAGGUGUUUUAUUGUGUUAUCGUGUGCAGUGUGUAACAAAGACAAAGUCAGCGCAACCCUUUGGAGAUUAAAUUACUUAUUGAAGUGUGAA